GAUGUGCCUUUGGAAAACAUACAGCAUUGUAUUAUGAAGAAGCAGUGUGUACUUAGCUUAGAUUCCUUGUCUAUGUCCAACCAUAGACCGUCAAUUUAGUUCCAUCUUUAGCCGCUAGGUGCUGCCAGCAAGUAUAAAGGGAGCGCAGCCAUCUUUGAUCUUCAUAGCGUUGUGUACUUUCGUACUGUGAAGUCGCAAGUCCACAAAUAUUUAUUCGACUUCUUAUUAAUUGCAAAAAAUAUUUAUUUUGUGUUUCUAUGAGUGUUAUUUUGCAAUCAUUACGAGUAUUAUUUACCAAUCCUAUCAUCGGACGCCAUGAAUCACGCGUCAUCUGUUGGAGGUGAUGUUGAGUCAAGCUCCAUAAUUUCCGAGAGGGAAGAUGUCCAGGCGAGACGCGAUGGAGACGCCUCGCGUUCGAACAACUCGUCAAGCGAAAAAGAACAAAAGGAGUCUCUGCGUAAGAAACGACGGGAUUCAAAGGUAACGGUCGAUCUUCGAAUCGGCUCGUUAUCCCACCAGGUCAGUGACGUUGUAAAUCUAAUAAUGCAUCAACUGUGUGUAACAAUUGAAUGUAACGAAAAAUGUUGUAAACAAAUUGAUCUCGUCAAUACGGAAAUUUUGACAAAAACACAACAGAUUUAAACUCUAAUAAUCUUUGUAACAUAAUUACUGAAAACUUUGACAAAUCGUCUCCGUCGUACAAGUUACCCGUAAAAAGCGUUUUAAAUUGUAUACGGAAAAAAGGGCCGUAUGUAUAGAAAUAACACGUCAAAGUUUAAUUUCCGUGGUCUCUAACAAAGUAUCCUGUUGCCAACGCACCACUCAUUGGGGAAUUUUUGUUUGAUAAUAGUAAAUUGAAAUCUAUUCAGUCCCUCGGAGGGCUACAAUCCUAUUUGUCACGAUCUCGUACAAAAGGUAAGCCAAACAUUAUAAACAAUCAUAGUCUGUAACAUCUGGCACAAUCCAGAGGGGGGCAAUUGAAGACACCGACGGGAGGCACUGAGUGCCACCAAAAUUGUAAUAAUUUGUAAAUCAUGUAUGGUUACCAAAUACCGUAAAAAAAAAAAAAAAAAAAAAAAAAACAAAAAAAAAAAAAAAACUACCUUUUUUCUGCGGAAGAAAAGCGACGGAUCAAUGCGUCCAAUUUUGGAUCUUCGAGAGUUGAACAAGGUCGUAAAGAUAAAACACCUAACUGUUUUCGGACACCUAGGUACCAAACUUUCUCCACCCAGGGGACUGGAUGAUAGAAUUGAACAUUUCUCAGGAAUAUUUUUCUAGUAUCAGUCGCAAAAUUUCGUCGAUACUUCUUGAGGAUCACUACCAAGGUACCAGUAUCAGUACCUCCAGGAAGGAAUCGGUACCUUCUUAUGAGUUAGUAUGAAAUGACAUGCCUACCCUUCGGUCUGGCUUCAGAGCCACACCUUUUUGCUUCUAUAACAUGCGGGUCGCAGAGACCUUGCGUGCAAAGGGAACUCGAGUGCUAGUGUCUACUAGACGACUUCCUUUUUGGUCGACCAAGACAAAUCCAAGUUGAAACUUCAGGCUGCAGAAGCUGUGAAGCUUUUGGAUUAACCUUUUUUGCUUCCAUAGCAUGCUGGGUCGCAGAGACCUUGCGUGCAAAAGGAACUCGAGUGCUAGUCUACCUAGACGACUUCCUUUUGGUCGACCAAAACAAAUCCAAGUUGAAACUUCAGGCUGCAGAAGCUGUGAAGGUUUUGGAUUAUCUGGGCUGGCAUGUCAAUUUCCAUUAUAUAGGGUGCUCGGUCGCUCGGUCGCGGAGAUAUUGCGUGCAAAGUCGAGUGCUAGCUUACCUACACGACUUAAUCUUGUUUCACCAAGACAAAUAAACGUUUUUGUUCCCAUAGCAUGCUCGGUCGCGGAGACCUUGCGUACAUAGGGAAGUCAAAUGUUAACGUACCUACGCGACUUUCUCUUGGUCCUUGAAGACAAAUACACCUUUUUGCUUCCACAGCAUGCUCGGUCGCGGAGGCAUUGCGUGCAAAAUCGAAGUGCUAGCUUACUUACACGACAUGAUCUUGUUUCACCAAGACAAAUAAACGUUUUUGCUCCCAUAGCAUGCUCGGUCGCGAAGACCUUACGUACAUAGGGAAGUCAAAUGUUAACCUACCUACGCGACUUUUUCUUGGUCCAUGAAGACAAAUACACCUUUUUUGCUUGCAUAGCAUGCUCGGUCGCGGAAACAUUGCGUGCAAAGGGAUGUUGAGUGUUAUCCCACCUACGCAAAUCCCACCAGGUCCAUCAAAAGAAGUCCAAGUUGAGUCUUCAGGCCACAUAAGCUGUAAAGCUCUUGGAUUAUUUGGGCUGCCAAGUCAGCCUUACAAAAAAUCAAUUAGUACACUGGUUCAAGAGAUGACAUGUCUAGGGAUUCGAUGGAAAAUUGCGAGAAACGAAGUGGCCACUCAACAACAUCCUAGCUCAAACUCUGACGGAAUUACAUCAAUCUAUGCUAACUUGCAAAUUUUCUUGCGAAGUUUCAAGAAAAGGGGUAAAAAACAGGCCAUCCUGCAUGUGUUAACAAUUAAAUGCAGUGCUGACGCGAAGCCACAUGUUAGACAUUGCCGAUACACAAAACCAACCAUUUCCUGGCAACGGAAGCUUCGGACAUGUGUAGGGGUUACAAAUGCAGUGCUGACGCGGAGCCACAUGUCAAACAUUGCCGAGACCCAAAACCAACCAUUUCCUGGCAACGGAAGCUUCGGACAUGGGUAGGGGUUACAAUUAGACAAAAUAUUAACGUCCUGUCUAUGGUCAGCUCAACAACAGAAACGGCUCACCCACAAAAGAGCUAUUUGCAAUGGUAGUGACAAUCAAAAUGAAUCUGAAAGUAUUUCACUAACGUUGACCUUUCGAUUUUUAAACCUAAGCGAUAAGUUCAAGAUAACUGUCAGCUUAUCUCUCGGGGAGAUACAACAUCAUAGCCGACAGGCUAUCACGAGGAAAUCAACCUGCGAAAUGGCACUUUUUACCACAAGUGACCACAAAAGUUUUUCGAAAGUGGGGUCAUCCGGAUAUAAACCCAUUCGCCGACCAAGAUUGGAUACCUUCAGCAGACCGUAGAGGAUGCAACUAGCAUGGAGAAUUCCUCCUUUCAACCUUCUCCCCAAAGUACUGACUCACUUCAACAGUGUCUAGGGAACCUACCUGGUAGUGUUCCCAGACUGAGCGAAAGCAUUUGGGUUUCCAAGCCCUCAGAUCCCGAACGCUAGAUAACUCGCACGAAAUCCAAAACCUGCCUCCUCCACAGGUUAAACAUUAACCCUGAAAGCUUAGAAAGGGGGGGGGGGGGGUUGUACAAAUAAUGACUGGUCUAAACAGGAGAAGAUUUGUUGAAAAUUAGCUGGUGUCAAUCCACUUUGUCAGCAUACUUACCAGCAACUAGAAGAUGGUGCAUAUGGUGGUACAGUUUUAAAAUUGAUCCUAAGUCUGCAGAUGUUGCCAAAUUCUUUCUUCUUUUCCAAAAAGAAAAUUUUGCCUAUAAAACAAUCCUUCUGCAUCAUAAAGCAGCGCUGUCGACUUUCUGUGGGCGAAAUACAUGUAGGACAGCAAACAUUCUCAAGCUCUCUAAUAAAAAUUGCUAUUUUAAAAAAGCCAUCGGAAUAGCUAAACAAAAUUCAACUACUUAUUACAAUUUUACUAAGUGUAGUCCCAUUCACAUAAGAUCCGAGAAUAGUUCUAAACUGGUUUUCUUCAAACCCAGCCACCACAUCACGCCUCAAUGUAGCUUGAAGGACACCAACAACCAUGUUGCUGGCUACGGGACGCAGAGUUAAUGACCUUACUUUGCUCAACAUUUCUAAAGACAGUUUCUUUGAUAACAGAGAAAAACAUCUUUCUGAUACCAGUCUUUGGGUCUAAAAUUGAAAUCCAUUUUCGUCAAUAAUCUGCAUAAGUGCUUUCUAAACAUGAAACUAAAGACAUGCCCGGUAAGAUUCGUAAGGACUUUUUUCUAACUAUGUGUGUUGUCACAAAAGCGGCAUCCCGUACUGUAAUUGGAAACUGGUCUUCGUUCAACCUUACGAGGUAAUGGCAUCAACGCAUCUCUAAGAAGUGGUAGAUCAGCAGUAGCCUCUGAGAUGGAUUGAUAAUGAACCAAUGGACGAAAUACUUUCUAGAGGCAAUUGCAAAUCAUCCAAACGUUUAAAAUAAUUAUUGCCGAAUAAUAGAGCUUCGUAAAGAUCCUCACGAUUCUUUUUUUCAACACAUUUACUUCUACAUGAUGUAUAUACAUCAUUUAUACAAUUUAUACAUUUUCUUGUAUAUACAAGAUAAAAUGUUUAUUACAAACUUAUAAAUAUUUUUUAAUUAUUGAAUUAACGUGGAAGUUAACAACUGUUUUUUCGAUUUAAUAAUUAUAUAAAUUAUGAACAUUAUCAUUGCGCUUCAUAAUUUUAUUAUGGCUUUACCUAUUUCAUCAUAGCGUUGUGCUUAAUAAUUUCACCAGCAGAUAACAAACACGUCUUCAUAAUACAAUGCUGUAUGUUUUCCAAAGGCACAUCAAUAUUACGGUUUUACAUAACAAUAAAACCGAUAUUAUGUGCCGAGAAGGAAAACAUACAGCAUUGCAGGAAGUUCUUCCUGGUGAAGACUAUGAAGAUCAAAGAUGGCUGCGCUCCCUUUAUACUUGCUGGCAGCACCUAGCGGCUAAAGAUGGAACUAAAUUGACGGUCUAUGGUUGGACAUAGACAAGGAAUCUAAGCUAAGUACACACUGCUUCUUCAUAAUACAAUGCUGUAUGUUUUCCUUCUCGGCACAUAAUAUCGGUUUUAUUGUUAUGUAAAACCGUAAUAUUAAAAUUUAUACAAUUACAAUUUAAUUCCUACAUACUUUUAAAUAAGUUGUGGAAAAUCUAAAAAUUGGAUUAAGACUAGCCAUACUUCGAGAUGGCAAGCGGCACUUGGGAGGAGUUCUUCGCGGCUCACCUACCUCCGCCUGACUUCGAAGACAACAGAUCGCUAUUGAAGGAGUUCUGCGAACGCCAUGAUCAAUACGGCAACAGGAUUGCUCUAGUGACCUCAGGUGGAACGACAGUGCCACUAGAGCACAAUACGGUGCGUUUCGUGGAUAACUUCAGCGCCGGCACACGAGGCUCUGCUUCUGCCGAGUAUUUCUUGGAGCAUGGCUACGCCGUGAUCUUCAUGCACCGGCAGAAGUCUUUGGAGCCUUUCACGAGGCACUUCAGCGGGCAGAAGUUGCUCGAUAUGCUGGAUAUUCAGGAGCGAGGACCCAAUACGACAAUAACCGUGAAGCCGGACAGCGUGGACGUUUUGGCUCCGAUCCUGCUGCGGUACAAGGCGGCGCAUUCGGCGGGAGCGAUCCUGCAUGUUUCGUUCACGACGGUGUCGGAGUACUUCUGGCUGUUGCGUGCCGCCUGCGAGUGCCUCACCAACCUCGGACCCCGGGCCGUGCUGUAUCUAGCUGCGGCCGUGUCCGACUUCUAUAUCCCCAAGGAUCGAGUUCCCACUCAUAAGAUGCAGUCGGCAAGUGGAGCCCCGGUGAUCCAGCUCCAGCUGGUACCGAAGAUGCUGGCGCCGCUCGUGAACCUCUGGGUUCCGGAGGCCUACGUGGUCUCCUUCAAGCUGGAGACGGAUGAGAAUCUCCUCGUGCCCAAGGCCAGAGCUGCCCUCGAUAAAUACAAACAUAAGAUGGUAGUGGCUAAUUUACUUCAGACGCGUCAUCAUCGUGUGAUACUCGUGACUCCGGACGAGACGCAGGAAAUAUUACUCACCCGGGAGGAGGUUCAUGCGGGUGUGGACAUCGAAGCAUCAAUAGUUCUGGAGCUGGUCCGUCUCCACGCGGAGCACCUGGCCCCCUGCGGCGCCCCCCCGGUGGCCCCCCACGGCUCGCUGGCCCCGCUGGCCCCCCACGCGCCGCCGACGCCGCGCACCCCGCGCUGACACUCGCGCACCCGACGCCGUCUCUACCUCACCGCCGACUAGACUGCACUAGCGCCCCCACAGAACAAACCACACCAUUGCGAUCAUAGUCGGUAAAAUCAAUAAAUUAUAUCCUAACUGUCCAUAUUUAUGUUGAGUUGUCAAAGCUUUAUAAUGCUUUUUUGAGAGCGUUAUAACUCAUCAUGAAUUAGUGCCAUACUUAAACCAUACUUUCGGAGACGCUUUAGAUAUUUGCUUCUAGAUUUUCCAUACAAUUGGUAUGCAUUGGAUUUAUUAAUUAAAUUUGAUAAGCGGUGAUCCUUGAUGAACGCGACCUUUGUUCACGAACAGAUCCAAAAAAGAUCCAGAAACUCUACUAAAAUGAUUAUAUAGUAAUUAAAACUUUGAUAAUUUUUUAUCAAGUUUUUUUUAAAUAGUGAAUACCGCUCGAGGUUAGCCAUCUAAGCGUCACAAGUAUAUUCCCAUAUUCUGAAAAUCAUAAUAAUAUGUAUAUAAUUGGAAGCAGCUUGUUGUCGACGUAUUGCCAUAGUCAAUGGCACGGAUGGCUGCAGUAUUGUAAAGCUAUAGUAAAAAAACACACCCUGUGAACAAGAACGUUAAAGCAAAUCUGAUGAGCGGAAAACCCGUUAGCACCAAUAGAUGCCCACUAAACAUAAAUGGGCCGUGAACUUUUGCAUGCGUAUAGAGCUGCAAUAUUUAUUGUAUACUGAAAUAUUCGUUAAAAAUUGGUUUAACACGUUGAAUGCCACAUGAAAAAUCGAGUAUUUUCAUUCACGCAACGGUGCUCACCGGUGAACCUUAGUGAGCCUUAUUGAACCAUUCGGGCCGUGAGGGUCACCCGUGAGUCGCGUGAGGGUUCCAACGUAAACGCUUUUUACAAGCCACAGAUUUCAGCUAUCAAACAAAAUGGGUAUGGAAGUUAAUGGAAGUGAACCGCGUGGCCCUUAAGCCAAACCAAACAGCGUGGUUUUCAAAUCCAAUAGAAUGUUAUCGUUUUUAUCAAGAUCAAGCCUUUUAAAAUAUCUUAAAAACUAGACUAGUAAUAGUCGGUAAUUUUUAUCUAUUUAUUGUUUUACUUAUAAGUGGUAUCAAGUCUAUACAUGAGGCCGUCAGCGCAAAAGUGACCUAAGCUUACCGUAGCUAGCAUGCAGGCGAUUAGGUUUGAACUUUCAUGAAUUUGAAUUUGAGUAAGCAAAAAACACUACGCGCAAAAAUAAUGCUUACAAAGCUAUCUGUUAUCUAUGGGUGAAACUAUGGAUAGGCCGGUUUUGCAUCAAAAUUUAUUAUAUUUUAAAUAAAUACCAAAAUACCUACGUCAUAUAAGCUUGAAUAAAAAAAAUUGUGGGUUAGGCCACUUUUGCGCUGAUGGCCUCAUAUAGCCUAUCAUAAUAUCAUAAAAACUAGACUAGUAAAAUUCCUUAAUUUUUAUCUAUUUAUUAUUUUUCUUAUAAGUAGUACCAAGGUUAUAUAUAGCCUUUUAAAAUAUCUUAAAAACUAGACUAGUAAAAGGCGCAAAUCUUUUAUUUAGGGUGCAAAUUAUCGCAUUUUAUAAAUUUCUUAAUGAAAAUCUCAAGUUGAUAAAAAGUAUCGAUUCCCUGAUUUUGGCUUGGUCCGAAUGGUUAUAAAAAGCGUUAAACGCGUUAAGAAGCGGUUGAUUUUUCUACAAAUUCCCUAACUGCGUUUUCCUAUUACCUAUAUACAAUGUGUAAACAGUGGGAAUAGAACCAGUGGUUCUAUAAGUCCUGUGGGGGGCGAAUGCCGGGGCGAAGAAGACGUGUCGAUGUUAAUGAUGAUGAACAUUAGAAACAUUAUUCGGUGAUGAGUGUAUAUUUAAAAUGUGGUGAUUACGUGAUGAAUUUACGUGUUACAAGUCCAGUCGCGGAGCGGGAAGAAUUUCGCACGAUAACCUGUUAUUACCUGUUAUUACCUGUCUUUGUUACUCCCGCGUAAAUAUAAGGAGUCUCGCUCGCACAGAUGCAAUGACCACCGUCCUCAGGGAUUGUAAACCUUUUACCUGAGACCGUAAGGUUUGUUCUUGUUUGCAUGUUGGCCUUGAGUAGUAAGGCAAGUAGUAAAUAAGGCAACCAGUAACUCCGAUACAGAGGCAUCGGAUUCUGAUUUUUGAAUUUUCAUUUUAUUUGUCGGCCGAGUUACUGUAAUUGUAACUUGAUUUUUGUAACUGUUAUAAUCUAAAUAAAUAAUUUAUUAUAAUCAUCAUCAUCAUCAUUCUUUCCUAUUACCCUCUGCUGGGGUGUAGGGCUCGAAUGAAAUCCUUCUAUUUACAUCGGUCUUGGGCAGUCUGUUCUAGUUCCUCCCACUCUCUCUCACCCUCGUGCCCCAGACGCUUAACUCCUGCUCCACUGAGCGACGCCAAGUUGUUCUGGGGCGGCCUCUCUUCCUCUUUCCAGACACUUUCCAAGUCAGUGCUCUCUUUGAUAGGCGGGUAUCGGACUUUCUCAAUAUGUGACCAAUCCAAUGCCACUUCCGCGUAAGGAUCUCCAUCUCCAUUGGUGUCUGCUGGGUUAUUCUCCACAGCUCUUUGUCAGUGAUCGUCACAGGCCAAAAGAUUUUCAAAAUCUGACGCAGGCACUUAUUCACAGACACUUGAAAGUCCUAGCGAACAAACCAAGUUUCGCUCCCGUACAGUAAUACAGACCUUACAUUGGAUUGAAAUUAUUAUAAUAGCAAUAAUUUAUUCAACACCUAAGUUAGUAAUUUUUUGCUCCUUUAAUCAUUUUAUGUAAACCGAACUUAAUACAAAAAAGUUUUGUUACCACCGUCAGUAGGUAAAGGGGUCAUUGUACCAAAUUUCUUGCUGCUUCGCGACUGGGACUGUAGUCGUUUGUAAAUGUAGAGAUUAAAAAUAGAGAGACUCGCGUCGAAUCUCUCGGUAUUUUUGUAAGCGUUUGAGGCGUCCAUUAUUUCGUUCUCGAAUACAUUACCAAUGGUUUUCGAAGCAAAACUCUAUGAAAUUCAAACCAAAAAUUUAAAAAAAAAACUAAACUAGUAAGUUAUCUUUUUGAACAUGAAAAUGAAUAAAGUUAAUUAUGCGACUAUUAAAGUAAGUUAAAGAUUUAUUUAAGUUACGCACGACUUAAUUUCACUUUGUUUUUCAAUACAAGUAACAUGUGCAGAUAUUUUAUACCGUAAUACGUCUAGCAGAUUAUAUGUCAUAUUAUAUAAUAUAAAAACUGAAUACAUAGAAUUAUACGAUGGUGUAUUGAGAAAGGCAUUGAUAAAAUCUAUUUUCUUAAAGAUGGGUUUGAUAACUAAUGUCAAUAGAAUCGCUAUUGACAAUGUCAAUACAGUCACUGUCGACGUUUUAUUUUUCCUACCUAUUCUAGUAACCUGGAGGGGUUAUUCUAGAUUCACAGCUCGCGGGGCUUAAACCUGACGUUGUUGCUAACACGAACCCUAGCAAAAGCUGUGCUUCGCAGAAUCUACCACCGGAUCGAAAACGCGACCAACUGAGAAGAUCAGCGAGACGCUAUCGACAAUGUCUAUACAGGCGUUGUCGGUAAUGUCUAUACAGGCGCUGUCGACAAUGUCUAUACAGGCGCUGUCGACAAUGUCAAUACAAGCGCUUUCGACAGUGUCAAUACAGUUGCUGUCAACGGUGUCAAUACAGUCGCUGUCGACAAUGUCAAUACAGUCACUGUCUACAAUGUCAGUACAGUCGCUGUCGACAAAUGUCGCCAUAAUGUUUUUUUUUAAUGUAAUUCUCAAAUAUAUAAUAUGAACCUGAGUAGAUUUAGGGAAAACUUAACAUAUGUAUUAGAGAUAAGACGGAUCUAGUUUAUUUUCAACUCUACGACACUGAUUAAAAAUGUGAUUUUUUUAUUAUCCCUGAUUGACGUUAAGGCCGACUCCGACAGACGGAUCAAAAUCACAUUCUUUUUUUUUAAUCUUCAUCAAUUUGUGGCGUCGAAGAAAUGCGGGAUCUAACCAUCAACCACCUCCACGUGAUAUAGACAGUAGACAAAAUAUCAACUUUAACUUUAAUACCAAGUGGUAUUUUUUAAAUUUGUCUACUUUUUUUUUAAUUUAUGCUUGUGGUUAAUUCGUUUAGGUAAUGAGUUUAUCGACUUUGUGUGUAACAAGAUAAUUAUAAUCGAGGGUUGAAAGGCUAUUUAAUAUAAGCGACAUUCUUGCAACUUUACGAGAGAGCUAUUGAAAGCUUAAAAUUUGGAUAAAAUAUAAACAAAAAUAAUAUUAUUAUACAAAAAAACUUCUUUAGUUACAUAUUUCAGUGGAGUACAAUUAAUUAUUUUGUAGAUCAAUUGGCAAAAUCGAAUUUUUGAUGCCAAUACCAAAUAAAACGGAGUUUUAAUUACAAAGUUAAAUGUCGUGUAUUCAGUGAAAUGUCGCUUAAACCAAAUAGCCUUUGACCUCCCGAUACAUAUCCCAAAAAUGGUCACUCAAUCUCUAAUUGCCUCUGUUUUCAAGAAAUACUCUGCGCGUCAUCUGUGACAUGCAAAUAAAUAAAACUAAACGGUCUGUUGGCAACGACAAAAUAACAGCUUUUAAAUUGAUUGAAUGUAUAUGAACACUUUCUUUUUUGUCAGUCUGUUGGUUUCCGAGUCCGAACUGGAUGGAUCGAUUUGGACGGGACUUUACGUGGAAUAUAACCGUUCCAAACACACUGUAACUAAGUUACAAGCAGUAACUUAGACUUAUUUAAAUUUAAACAAUAAUAGUCCUACGUCAAGAAAAGGAACUCGUUAAAUUGUUAACAAAAUUCAAUUUAAAUAGGGAUGUUAUUAAUAACACAAGUUACGAUAGAAAUUGGGCAGUAGUUAUUACCUACCAAGAAAAUUACUUCGUUGGGAAGAUAGAUGUAUGUAUCUUGUCUUUCUUGUAUUGGACAGAAAUUAAGCUUGUUGAAAUUAUUGAAAAACGACUUUGAAUACUUAGGAAUAAAGUCUGGUUUGAUUUGUCACGUCUGACGUUUGGACUGAAUGAAAUUAUAUACAUAAUGCUGGUAACUCUGCUCUUUUAAGAGGAGACGAAGAGACUUUUUAGAAUAGAUUUAUUGAAAAUUCAUUGCUGCUUUCUCCUUCUAAAUUGACUGAUUAGAACAUGGGAGAGGUAACCGCAUCUCAAACUUCAAAUAUUCAUUUAAAGAUAAUAAUUAUAAGAACCGUUUUUUUUUGACGUUAAAAAAACAAGAUUUUGUAAUAUUUUUAUUAAAAUUCAGUCCUCAUAGUAUUUAAUUCAAAGUUUUUUUUAAAUAAAGGAGCUGAUAGGAAGGUUCGUGUUAUUAUUGACAAAUUUGAACCUUGAUUUGUUUGUAUACCGAUGUCUUGCGAGAAACCGCAAAUAUGUGUAGUUUAGUACUUGAAGCUACCUAAAAAUUUACCUGGAACUUGUAAGAUUAUUAUUUGAAAACCCAUCAUCGCUUACAUUCAACUAUAAAUUUAGGAAGAAAUCGAUUAUGAUCUUCAGAAAAAAAUCUAUAAUAAUAUCAACGUUUGUAAAAUACGUGUAUAUACCAUUGAAAUGGAUAGAUGGAAAUUAAAGGUAGAUGAACUUUAAAAAUGUUAAGCCUUAUCAGAUAAUGAGUCUUCCCGUGUAAAAAGAUGUAACGAUCAUAUUUUUUUAUAUCUGGUAACAUUGAUAUUUUUUCUAAUAACAUUGAACUUAAUUGUGCAGUGCGACUAAAAUUUAAGGAGAUUCAAAAGAAAACCGCUAUUUUUCUUGUUCCGUUGACAUUGUUUAAUUAAGUGAGGGUAGCUUAAUAGGCUAGCACGUUUCCCAGCGUAAAAUAAUAAAACCGACUAUUUUAGGAUUAUCAAUUUUACAGUUUUAUUUAACAAAAAAAUUAUCCAAGAAUUGAAUCUUAAAAUUUUAACAUAUUAGUACAUAUCAGUAAAUUGUUUGACGUGUGUACGAUGUUAAAUGUAUUCUCUCGUUUAUGUUCGCGUGUGAAUAGAUUAUUUAAUCUAUGUGUGUUACUUCUUAAUUAUUGUCUCUGGUUUCAAAGUGGCACAAGUUUUUAUUUUUAUUCAUAUUUAUUAAGGCGUCUUAAUUAUUUAUUAAAAAAACUUUCUAUAAUGGACCUAAAGAUCGAUUAUAAGACUUAAAUUGAAAAAAAAACAAGAAAUGUAAAAAAAUAUCCCCACAUAUUAAAAACUUUGUUUUGAGUCGAAUUAUGUUCCAAAUAGUUCCAAUCAGCACACGGAAUUGCAAAACUAAAAUAAUAAUAAAAUGUAUCUUACAACAUCUUUUAAACAAAAGUUUCAAUGUAUGCUAUAAAGCUUAUUAUACAUCACUGGUUGAGUAUGCAAAUGCAGAAGUUGUUAUGCGAACAUUGUGCAUAAUUCGUAUAUCAUUACACGCUCCUGACUACCAAGCACAGCUGUCAAAUCAGGGGAGCUGAACGCUACAAACUCCUCAACAUGAUGUACAGGUAUAUCCCGCUGUCAGAUGUGCAUCCUGUCAAACUUCAAUAUGUUCCCAUUUCAAAUGUCAACUUUUUGACAUGUGUCACUUUUCAACCAGCGAAUUUUUUUUUUAUAUUUACAGAACAAUGGUGCCUCUAUAAUAAAUCGUUGUUCUAUGGUAAAAUAUUAAUUAAAAUUAAGCAAAAAAAAAAUGUUUUACGCCUUUCGUUUAUAGCGAAUUAGGAAAUUUUAUUAUUAUUAUAUAAUAUGAAAUUACUGUUUGAACAUUUGACUAUUGUUAUUUAAUUAUAUGUAUUGUUGAUUGAUAAUGAAUUAAUUUGAUUUCAAAUUAUCUCACUAUGUUCAUAGCGUAAUGAACGUUGUACAUUGUUCACUAUUAGUAAUCGUGUUUUUGUGAUCGUAUAGAAAUUAAAGAGUUUAUAUUUUAUAAAUGCUGUAUAAUAAUAAUAAUAAUACAUCUUUAUUAUUUUUAGCUUUAAUUGUAUGUAAUAGAUGGAUCUACUCAAAAUUUUAUCACGUUUCUUAGUUUAGUAAUACAUUUAGUAUAGUGAUGACGAUUUGAAUAUUUAUCAGAUUGUAUUAUAUUAUGUGGGCCGUAAACGAAUUGGGCAGCGGAACAGAAUAUACCGUAUAUAUUUACAAAUAUAAGAACUAUUUUCCAAAAUCUUUUAAUUGCAAUAAAAAUCAAAAAUAACAAUUUUAUAAUUUCGCUAAGGUUUGCACCGGUCGUAUUCUGUUACACCCUGUAUAUAAUAAACCUUAAAUUUGGAGGGUAGAGUUAAGAAGAGCUGUGAUUUAUCGGGGACAUGUUAGAAGUGUUCAGGAAAAUAAGCAGCAAAUUUACAAUUUAUAAAAAACAUACCAAAAUAGCGCCAGCGUAGCAAAUGGUGUGUAAUAUGAAUGUGACGAUUGUAAACGGAGUGAACUUUGCAAAGUAGAAAUUAAAUAUAAUAAAAUAUCAAUUCAAAGAGUGUGCUUCUUAAAUCGACCCUCCAUAAUCUUAAAAUAUCUAGAAUGAUAGUGGAGAUGAAUAAAUAUCGAUAAACUUUACUUUAAGAAAAGUCCUUUACGUUUUUUUUAUCUACGUCAUGAAUUUGCAAAUAUUCCGUUAAAUACUUCUAAAGUCUUACAGUAGGUUCUUUUCGGUACAACGUGCGGUUGUACCUCUGUUAAUGUCCACUUUUAAUUUGUUGAAUGAGACUUAUUUGUAAUGGCGCGUCCUUUCAAAUUCAGUUAAUGAUUGACGAAAUUAUAGAUGUAAAGGUUUUGUGUUGCAUACUGUUAUGGUUCAUUCGUUUAUCCUGGAAUCCUGGAAUCGCGACAUAUCCACAACAUUCGGUUUUUUUUAUGAUUGAUGGAUUACUGGUGACUCAGAGGCCUUUCCAGUUUCGCCAGGACAGGUGGGCGAGCAAGGGCUCAGCCAGGAGGAGUGGGAUUUGCUAACAGCUACCCGAACCCCUCCGAAGGAGACCUAACAACUCAAGAGCAUUCGUCUAGAGCAGUGGUCAGCUACCCGUGGCUCUUUGACUCCUCAGCCACGGUUCUUCCGCGAAAUGUCUAAUCCAGGCACGGAAUAUUACUGCCUUCCUUCCGGAAUAUUACGAUCUCAAAGUUAUCGGUGUCAGGAAUUGGAAGGAGAAAGCCUUGAACAGAGCAGUCUAAAGAAACAUACUGGACCAGGCUAAGGCCCACCCUGGGCUGUAAGUCCUAAGAUGAUGAUUAGCUAUGUAAAUUUGACUCUUUUGGUUGACAAGGUUGCCCACCAUUGGUCUAGAACAUCAAUGUCUCUUAGUACCGAUAUGACUUAGUGAUAUGUCUGUGUAUGACGAUAUGUCCUCCUUAAACUAAGGAUUUUGAAAUAAUGUUUUGCUGUGGUCUAUACCUAAAAACAAGAAAUGUUAUAAAAAAUAUGCCCUGAGAUUAAAAACUUUGCUUCGAUUCGACUUGUCUUCGUUGUUCUAAAGGCAAGAUGUAUGUGUGUGUAUAUUUAAAUAUAUUUAUAUGAAUCUAUUGUUGGUUAUUCAUAAAUCUAGAUAUUAGUGGUUCAGUCAUCAAUAGCUAUGCGUCUACGUGUAAGACAAUAAGGUCCAAUAUUCAAAGUUUUAUUAUGACUCGAGUACACGAUACUGUUUUAAUCUUGUUAUUAAAAUGAAUACGUGCUUUGUGAUUUCGUGAAGGAAAAUUUUUUUUACAACUUUAGUUGUAGUCUACUAAUUUGGGUAUGACUGAAAAGACUGCUAUAAUUUUUUAUCUCGCUUUUAAUUUUGACAUUUGACGUUUAUUCUAAAGACCCAGAUCAGAGAUAAAGAUCACGUAAAAGUUAACUCAAAUUUUUAUAGAGUUGGAACAGCCUCUCUGCAUUUGCCGCUAGCAUAUAUUUCGAUGCCUCCAAUGAACACUACGCUAACUCCAAAUUCGUAGGUUUACAGGCGGAGCGUUUAAAAGAAAAAAAAAAAAAACUUUAUUAUUGCAGAUAUAUUUAUGGGUCUUUUCUUGUGUAACUAGCUGAUUUUGACUUUUGCUUCGAACUACAUCAAUAAUGAUUUGUAAUACUUUUAAAAGAGUGAAGCGAUUUGCGUGAAGAACGAAAAUUUAAAUUUUUUUAGUUAGAGUGGUGUUCAUUGGAGGCUUCGAUUUGGUAAAAUCAUAUAAAGUACCCGACGGUAAAUCCUACUUCGGUUUUGGUAGAGCGCUAUCUCUGUCUCAUGAAACACUGGAAGUCCGGUAUGUAAUAGGACCUUGAAAGACUGACAAAAGUCACAAAGGUAAUGUGCGACAGAGAUAGCGUUCUACGAAGCCGAGAUAAUUCGAUUGUCUCUUUCUAUAUGACGAUGUGCAAUGUUUAUCGCCGGGUCUGUAGGCAUCUCCUUUUUGCACCUAGAAAGAGAUUCGGUGUGAUGAGACAAAUGUUUGAAUUUUUAAACACUGCGGCAUGGCUUAAAUAUGGUAUUACAAAGGCUCACUUUACUGCAAUUUAUUAAUUUACUUAUUACUGCUAAAAAUAAAACAGAUUUCCUUCGUAAUCGCUUGGUAGGCUAAGAGGCUAUUCCAACGGACUGGUGGGUAAGCUCAUGAGGCUUAACCUGGGAUGACUUGCCAACACUUCCCUCUUGUGCUCAGCUGAAUCAACCACCGGAUCGGAAUCUCGACCCACCGAAAAAAACCGACGAAAAACUCAGUGGGUUUUGUCUCUUAGUACGUACGGUGACCGAUGCUUGGAGCGCCUAAAAGCAUCGAGAAUAGAACAGUAUCGUGUUCAUCUCUAACUCUUUUUAUCUUACCAAGUAUGUGUAGCGACUCAAAUGGGUAUAUAUUAUUGUCUAUCUUUGUGAUAUUUACUAUAUUGUACUGAGCUCGAUUUCUCUAAAUGUGUGUGUAUUUUAAUGGAACGUGAAUUAAAUAAAUAGUUUAUCAUAUUUUAAUGUA